AUGCGCCGCUUCGAACGGAUUUAUGAUGUCGUUGAACCUGUUGAGGAGUACCGCGCUGGAGGCUAUCACCCGGUCCACCUCGAGGACACUUUUCACCACAGGUAUCAGGUCAUCGGAAAAUGGGCCUUUGGCCAGUUUUCUACAGUUUGGCUCGCCAAAGACACAAGGCUUCAAAAAUAUGUGACGCUGAAGAUUCUCAAAGCCAAUGUUUCAUGUGGUAGCCAAGAGCUCUCUAUUCUCCUUCAUCUAUCGAAAACGAGUACGGAUUGCCCAGGAAGAAAUAAUGUUUUGCAAUUAUUGGACCAUUUUGAGCAUAGGGGUCCCAACGGCUUGCACCUUUGUCUCGUUUUCCCAGUUAUGAUAUCUGAUGGCGAAGCGAUGACUGUUCGAGAAAGGCCACGCUACCCAGAUUAUGUUCGCGAGAUUUCGAAACAAUUACUACAGGGGUUGAAUCUUAUUCAUGAUCAGGGUUUGAUCCACGGAGACCUCCAACCAGCUAAUAUAUUGUUCACUGUGAACUCUAACAUCUCAAGCGAAAUAUUGAUCGAGCCUGAACUCAGCUAUGUUCAAUGGCUCUCAGGAGUUGAGGCUGAUAAUAGUGCACCACGGUAUCUUGUGAGCUCGCAACGUCCCCGCGGAAUGUUAGACGAUGUAGCGUUCUCAGCGCUUAAAGUCAAGAUUGGCGAUAUGGGCGGAGCUUUGUGGAACAUACAAUAUAAUGCUUCUCCUGUAACACCGGUCGCUUUAAAAGCACCUGAGUUACUAAUCCAACACUCUUGGAAUCAGAAGGUGGAUAUAUGGGCUCUGGGUUGUCUGAUAUUUCAACUUACCACCAACGAAGCGCUCUUUCCGAUAGAGAGUUUUGGUUGUACUAAGGACGAAGUUGAUAGGAUUCUGCGAUCUCUCAUGCAUGAUCUUUUUGAGGGUGGCAUUCUACAAUUUGCUUUGCAUAUUCGUGAGAAGAUUCCACCUGAUUUUGGCGAAGAGGAAUCGGAGAACCUUGCCAACUUGCUUUGGGCAAUGUUACAGGAAUGCGCGGAAGAUCGAAAAUCAACCGCUGAGCUUCUCAGCCACCCAUUCAUCGUUGGAUGA